UUAUUUGAAUUAUAAGAGUAAAGUGAGGGAGGUGCCUACACCUAACCACCUAGGUACCUAGAAAGUAUUAUUAUUUUCAAAGUUUUCUUCGUUGGAGGUAUAGGUACCUACAAAAAUUGGUAAAAAUUCUGUAAUCUAAAAUUAAUUAUAGAAUACAAUAGGUACAUGUAUACGAUGCCAACCUUAAAAGAUUUGCUACCUUCCAAAUUACAUGACGUAUUAGAACGAGCUAACAUUUGUACAAUUAAAGAAAUUAGUAUUCUAUCUAUAAAUGAAAUGAGAAAGUUUACAAAUCUGUGUAAUGAAGACAUUUUAUUAAUAAAAAACAUUGUUUGCCAUCACUUCUGUCCGAAAAUUAUUACAAGUGAUCUAUUAGAAACAGAUGUGAGGAUUACCACAGGAUGUGAUGCUCUAAAUGACAUUCUCAAAGGUGGAUACAGAAGAGGUACUAUUACUGAAGUGUAUGGUGAAAGUGGGUGUGGAAAAACUCAACUGGCAAUGCAGUCUGCAUUAAAUAAUUGGCAAAAAGGUAGUGUUCUGAUAUGUACAGAAGAUUUAUUCCCUGUUAAAAGAUUUGAACAAUUAAAAAAAGGUUUACUGACGUACAAUCCGGACAUAGAUUAUGGAGAAAAUAUUUUUGUUGAACAUGUAACAGAAGCUCAAGAUUUGCUAUCAUGUAUAAGAGUACGCCUGCCAAAGCUACUCACUAAACAUAAGCCAGCAUUAAUUGUCAUUGAUUCAAUAGCAGCACCUUUCCGUGUCGAAAUCACAAAUUAUAUACAACGGGCUGAAGAAUUGAGGGAAGUGGCAGUUACAUUGUUAAAAAUCGCAAAAAUAUUCGAUUUGGCUAUACUUUGUAUAAACCAGGUGUCUGCUUCAUUUAAUGAAAAUGUUGAAUUAUUACCUUCCUUAGGCCUUGCAUGGUCUAACAUGAUUUCCACCAGAAUAUGGAUUAAAAAAACUACCUCUUGCAUAGAUGUUAGAACAAUUACAUGCGAUAAUACAGUAAAAAGUAAAGGUGAAGUUUACAUUAGAGAGGCUCAUGUAAUGUUUGCACCUGAUGUGCCUAACAGUCUAAUUAAAUUUGUAAUAACAGAACUAGGUAUCAUUGCAAUUUAAAUAAUAUAUUAUCUACAGCCUAUAAAAUAUAUCUAUGAGUAAAGAAAUAUGAAGUUACA